UGGUAAUUUCCCGCAUCGAUAUUUUGUAGAAAGUGAUUCCAUGUGAAAUAAUGCGCAGUUUUACAUUUCCAACACGCCAUAUUGGAUGUAAAGUAAAUUUGAGUGAAUACGUUAAAAUACAUUGUAAUUUGAAAAAUACUGAUUUAAUUAAGUAAUAUAAAGUAAGUUUUAUAUUCCAUAUCAAUAAUGGGUAAAAAGAAAGGGAGAAAUUCUCAAAACCAAAAUCCAGAAUCAUCUAAUACUUCAAAACGAAAGCCCUUAUCGGAGCCAGAAACUCCAUCGGUGUCCCAACCUCCAUCAACGUCCCAACCUCCAUCAACGUCCCAACCUCUAUCAACGUCCCAAGCUCCACUGACAUCCCAUGCUGCACCGAAAUCCUAUGCUCUAUCGACAUCCCAAGCUCCACCAGGGUCACAAACUCCAUCAACAUCACAAGUAUCAAAUCCAGUUGUCAACAGAUGGGCAGUACCAUUGAAAAUGACAUCAUCGUCACAAAAUUCUUCGCAAGCUUCAUCGAUGCCACAGCCAACAUCGAAGCCACAAGCCUCAUCAAUGGCACAAGCUCCAUCGAUGUCAUCUGAGAACUGGCCAACUCAAGAGGUUAAAGGUAAAGAUCAAGGUCGAGGUCGAGGUCGAGGUCGAGGUCGAGGUCGAGCUGUGGACCAAGGUGAAGUUGAAAAAGUAGGAUGGCCUAAAAAUAUACAGCAACAACCACAACAACAACAGCAACAACAACAGCAACAACAACCACCACAACAACAACAACAAUGGCCACGACAACAGCAACAUCAACAACAAUGGCCACGACAACAGCAACAUCAACAUCAACAACAACCUCUUAAGGCUCCACAAAAAGAUUCUAAGCCACAAUCAUUGUCGUCACCAUCAACACCAUCAACGCUAUCAACACUAUCAACAAUAUCAACACCACCAACACCAUUAACAUCAUUAGCAUCUACAACAUUUCCAUUACCAUUAUCACCAAUGCAAGCAUCAUCUCCAUCACCGAAAAGAUUAACACAACAACAACAAGUUCUUAAUGAUAUACCUGUAAGAAAGAACCCUAUGGAAUGUGGAACACUUGGCCGACACAUAAAGGUUGAAGUCAAUAUGAUGUCAUUUGAAUUCAAGAAUUUUAAAACAAAUAUUACUCAGUACGAUGUAAAUAUUAACCCCGACAAGCCCAAAGCAUUCAUGAGAAGAGCUUUCGAAAAAUUCAGACAAACAUAUUUUCCAUUACGAUAUCCCGCAUAUGAUGGGAAUAAGAUUGCUUAUAGUGCACAGGAUUUACCAUUUGGUAAUUAUAUUAACGGAACUGUUGAUGUUGAUGAUGAAGGUAGAUCUAAAACAUUUACAAUUGAAUUAACAAAGAGUGCAAGUCUAGAUCUUUCAUUUUUGAAAGCUGUUAGACCUGGUUUUUCUGAAACAUUGGGAACUCAAGCUGGAAUACAAGCGCUUGAUGUCAUCUUACGUCAUGGACCUACGGCAUAUAACAUACCACUUGGAAGAUCAAUAUUUUGGAAACCAAAGGUAGAAAACCUAGAUUUGUCGGGUGGCAUGACAGCAUGGAUAGGACAAUUUCAAUCUGCUGUUCUAGGAUGGAAACCUUAUUUAAAUAUAGAUGUGGCACAUAAGGGAGUUCCAUUUUCUCAAUGCGUCAUUAAGACGAUAAAGGACAUUAUUAAUAAACGUGAUAAUCCAUCGUAUGACAGAAUUACUUCUGCUGAUGUAUUCAGAAAUAAAGAUAGUAUAAACAAAUUCUUAAGUGGAUUAAAAGUUCAUUAUGAGAUACCAAGAAUAUCGGCAUCUAAAAGAACACAUAUAGCACGCGGUUUGAUAGAACAAACUCCAAGGACUUGUACAUUUAAACGUUCUGAUGGAACGUUAUGUACCGUCGAGGAUUAUUUCAGAGAUGAGAAGAGAUAUAUUAUACAAUAUCCUGAUUGGCCAUGCUUGUGGAUAGGUUCACAAGACAAGAAGAUAUAUGUACCUCCAGAACUCUGUAAUAUAGUAGCUGGACAAGCAGACAAAAAAAAAUUGCUCGAUAUUCAAACUAGAAACAUGGUAAAAUAUGCAGCAACUAGUACUGAUGUACGCAAAAAAAAGAUAAUGGACGGUUUUCGUGCUUUGCAAAUGAAUGAACAUCCAACUCUAAAAAAUGAAUUCAAUCUUGCAAUAAAACCAGAUUUUGAAAUAGUUCCGGCUAGAGUAUUAGACGCUCCUGAAUUGCAAUAUAGAAAUUCUAUUGUGUAUCCGAAGAAGGGAUCUUGGAAGGCUGCACAAAUGUCCAUACCAGCAAAAUUAGAAAGUCAUGAAUGGGCGGUUUUAAAUUUAAAUAUAAGAAACCUAAAUUCCGGUGAAGUGAAUUUCUUUAUUGAAAAGAUAAAGCAUAUUGGAGAAUUCCAUGGUUUGACAAUAAGUAAGACAAAAAAUGUGAAAAAUAUUGAUGUCAGAAGGGACCGCGAAAUUUUACAAUAUUUUAGGGAAUUAGCCGACAGUGGAGAAGUAAAACUCGUUAUAGUUAUUAUACCAGACGUCCAUGACAUAUAUAGUAAGGUGAAGCAAUAUACGGAAUUAAAAUUAGGUAUACUAACACAGUGUGUCAAAUCUAACACUGUUAAAUAUAAAUGCAAUGAAUCAACUAUUGGAAAUAUCAUUUUGAAAAUUAAUUCUAAACUUGGUGGAAUAAAUCAUUGUUUUAUGAAUAGACCUAAAGUUCUUGCUAAACAACGGACUAUUUUGAUCGGUGCCGAUGUAACGCAUCCAUCUCCAGAGGCUUUCGACUCACCUUCUAUAGCUGCAGUUACAGCAAGUUGUGAUAUAGAUGGUUGUAAAUAUUCAGUUGAGAUUCGCUUGCAACCACCAAGACAAGAAAUGAUUACUGAUCUUAAGGAUAUUGUAGAAAAACUAUUUAUGGAAUAUAAAAAAUAUGUAGGAGACUUACCAACACAUGUUAUCGUUUUUCGCGAUGGUGUAAGUGAUGGACAACUUCUUCAUGUGUUGGAAAUUGAAAUACCAGCUUUUAAAAAAGCAUUUCGUACGUUAUAUAAAAAUAAAUCGCAACUACCACCAAUUACUUUUCUUGUGGUGCAAAAAAGACAUCAUAUACGAUUUUUUCCUACGUCGAAACAUAACUCAGAUGAUAGAAAUUUUAAUGUACAAGCUGGUACAAUAGUAGACACACAUAUUACACAUCCCAGUCAUAUUGAUUUUUAUCUCGUAUCACAUGCAAGCAUUCAGGGGACUGCACGACCUACCAAAUAUAAAUGCGUAUAUAAUGAAAUAAAUAUGAGUGAGAAUGAGAUAGAACAACUUACAUAUUAUUUGUGUCAUAUAUAUGUACGGUGUCCAAGAACGGUUAGUUAUCCGGCACCAACAUAUUAUGCCCAUUUAGCAGCAUUUCGCGCUAGAGCACUUAUAACUAACGUUACCAUUCGUUUAGAGGAUUUGGAGCGUGAGCAGGGAAAAACAAAUGUAAUAUUAAGAGAAAGAAAUCCGAUGUUUUUCGUUUAAUUUAUAUCAAUAUUAAUCCUCUUAA